GAAAGCUCCAGGGGAGUUUGCGCCACCAGGGGGCGCGAGGCUCCUAGCAACGGGAGGGGCGUGUGGGCCUCCAGGGGGCGCGCGUGCCUCAGGAGCAGGGAGCAACGGCUGCCUGCCUUGCACCGCCUCCGCUUUCCUGAGAACCGUUACCUAGCAACGCGAAGGGAGGCGGAACAGAUUGGGCAGUCCGGGGGUCAGUGACAGGGGAAGCGAGUGCGGGCGGGCGCAGGACAAGAUGAGACAAGGCGGUGGACACAGGAAGGACUGCGGGGACAGCAGCGGCGGGAGCAGGGGGAAGGGGACGGACCCCCUGCCGCUCUCCGUCUCCAGGGCCCUGGCCAUCUGCGAGGAAGCAGGACUGGAUAAUUAUACAUCAGGAACAGAAAGUCAAAUCCAACCGCAAUCAGCACUAAAAAUCCUUCAACAACAGCUGAAAUCAUUUCAGGCACUUCGGCAACAGACUCUGCUGAAUGUUAACAUGGUACAAUCUGAAAUCAGUGAGAUACUAAAUAAAAAUAUAAUUGACAUCAAAACUCAACAACAUAGCCCAGACAAUCUUCCAAUGACCAGCACACCUCCUGAGAUGGCUAUGCCUACAGGGAGUCCAGAAACACCAUUGUCUAAGAAGAAAUUUCAUCUUGAUAAGAAACUCUGUACCACUCAAUCUGUGGAAGCAAAUUCUAAUAUUAUCUUUGGAAAUGUGGUCAGUGAUGUAAAUAUUUCACAUGAGAUUUCAUUAAAAGCUGUAGCAACUGGAAAGAUUGAAAACUCAGUAGAACCAAUUAAAAACAAAACUAUGAUUGCUCUAAAAAAUGAUUGUAAAUUGAAGGAUUAUGCCAAAUAUGAAUGUUUUCUACCUUGUACUAAUUUGGAGGCUGAAAGUAUGGUGUCUCCUAAUGAGAAAGUAAUUCUGGAUGAAGCUCUUAUGCCUCUUCUCAAAUAUAGUGAUGAACUUCAUUUAACAGACAACUUUAGCUAUUCUAUCAAGCCAUUGAAACAAGAACUUCAAAAGUCUCAUGAACAGGAACUAGCACAUGCAUUUGGACAUCAAAAUAUUUCCUGUAGUCAAAGUAAUGUUUUUGAUGAUACUUCAGAACAAGACCAAGAAAAAUCUGCUCUUUUUUUAUCUAGAGAGAAAUUACAUAUGGACUUAAAAUCAAGAGAAAUUUCAGACUCUGAGGAAUUGGCAGACAGUUUGCAUGUUGCUCUGGUUUCCCUUAAAAGAAAUAAUCUGAGUCUUGGUCAAGAAUUUAAUAAAGACUCUGAAUGUGACAGCUCACAGAAUUCUUCUCAUAUAACUCCAUGCAGUACACAAACAGAAACCAAGAACAAAAACGAAGAAUUGCAUAGCACUGACAGUGCUGUUGGCACAUUCCAAUUAAAUGUCAUUUCUAAAACCGUAAAAGAUAAAUUACUAAUGUUCAAUCACAUAGAGAAACUACAGAAAGAAAAAGAAAAGCAGCUGCACGUUGUAAACCAAAGAUUACAAAAGCUUGGAAAUCAGAACUUCUAUGAAAUCAGAGCUGAUGAGUGCACUGCAAAAAUGGAAGAGUUACAAAAUUCCCUGAAAGAUUCUAAACACUUGCAAAAGAAAGUGAUGGAACUUGAGAAUGAAAAUGUAACUCUCAAGUCAAAAAUGAAACCUCUUACUGUUAUCAUAAGGUCUCUAAGAGAGAGAAAUUCACAGUAUGAGAAGCAAAUUAAGGAUUUAGUUGAAGAAAAGAAAAGCAUGCAAGUCAGGUUAGUUAAAUCAGAAGGAGACAGCAAAGAAUGUAUUAAAGAAGUGAAAAAGUUGUUAAAGAAAUGCAAAGAACUUCAAGACCAAAAGAAAACUCUUGAGGGAGAGAGGAGUCAACUCUAUACUGAAAACCAAUGUAUGAUGCAAGCAUUAGAUAACUUCAAAAUUAAUAGCCAGAAAGCACAAGAAAAUAUGAUUGCUGUUACCAGUGAAAAAGAUAAGCUCUUUGCAGAACUAGAAUCUUUGCAAAAGGAAUGUUCAGUGAUGCAAGAAGCAAAUCAGAAACUAGAGAUAAAAACAUCCCAGCUUGCAAAAGAAAAGAAAUCACUUGAAAAAGAAUUUGAAAAAAAUCAGAUUGAAAUACAGCAACUGAAAGAAAAAGAAAAUAUAACAAAAUCUGAACAGGAGACUCUUCUUCACAUAAUGCAAUCACUUAAAAACAAAAAGCUUGAUCUUGAAAUGACAUUGCAAGAAUGUGCUAAUGCUAGACAAACGAUACAGAAGGCUCUUGAGGAGGUCCAGUCUGAUAAAGCUUACACAGAGGAGAAACUCUUGACUGAACUUCAAAAUACAAAAGCAGAAAGGGAUAUUUUGAAGACUAACUUGUUGAAUAUGAACACAGUGGUGGCAAAUAUCACAGAGGACAAUCAGGUUCUUAAAAAAGAACUGCAGGAAUGUAAACAAGAUACUUCCAAAUAUGAAAAUAACAUCAGAAGAUUGAAUGAAGACCGUUUACUAAUGGAAAACCAUCUGCGGACAAUAGAAAAUGAAAGGGAUGUAUUGCAGUUUGAAUUUCGCCAUCUCCAUAAGGAUUAUGUUAAUCUAAGGGACCAAGUUACUGUUCUGGUUAAUGAGCAGAGUAAACACAGUUACAUUUCAGGCAAGGAAAAAUAUCACUCCAUGUAUUCUACUGAAAUUUGUGAAGAAAUUUCUGAUUAUAGGUAUACAGCUUUAGAAUGCAAUCCACAAGGUAUGUGCUGUACUUUGAAACAUCUUACUGCACAAGUGUUGUUUUAAUAUUAAUUUACCCAGUUUGAGCACCAACCAACUUUUUAGGUAAAUUAUUUACCAAAACCAUUACCAGGCUGUAUAUUGGUUUGAAUACCCUUCUUAUGAAAAUUCUAGGUGUUUUGUUUUUUUUAAGCCUGGGGCAGUUUAAGUCUUGGUUGCUUAUUUUAAUUUCCGAAAAAAGAGAUUCUACAUAGUACAGGCGCGAUUUUUAUUAUAAUAAAACAAACCUCAAAGAGAGCCUGAUCCAAAGCCUUUUGAAGGCAUAGGAGUUUUUCCAUUUACUUGAAUGAGCUCUGGAUUGAACCUUGAGAGUGAUACAUUGUACUUGUUUUUUUUAAUUGUCCUGAAGUAUCUCUUAAAAGGAAUUACCACUAUUUUUAUUUAAGAGAAAACUGUCUUUCUUUUCCAGGCAAUUCCAGUUAAACUGCAACAGUCUCUUGCGUCAGAGAAAUUGUAAUAAACAUUCUUUCUUUUAAACC